GCCCCGCCCCCAGACCCUCGGAGAACAUACCAUAAUACCCACCACGUCUGACUGAUUCAAGGAGCCGGCUAACUCCAGCUCAACGACCAUAACGUGUCAAAAGUCGCGAAAUUUGGCGGGGAAAUAUAAAGUUAACUUUUAAGUAGAACUUUCGUCGAGUUCUACUGGUUUCUGCCGGAGAAGUUCCGAGAAGCGGAAAGAGAGUGUUUCAUUGAGCGUGCCACAAGUUUGGUGUGUCAUUAAUGGCGACAGCUACCUGAAACUACCAGAAAAAAAGAGGUGGAGGUUUGAAAGGAGGGUUCGCUCGUCUCUCUGCCGGCGGCUGACAGAGGACACCGACGGAGUUCACCGUUCUGCCCGUCUGGAAAAUCAGGAUGUUGUCUCGGCUGAGGGAGCUUCUCUGGGCCGACUGGAUCUGGUUUCCUGAAGGCCACGGCUGGGCCGAUCUCACAGACAAGGAUGGGGUCAUCUUCCCCAAAGCUCAGGACCUGUGGGCCGUCGUCCCCAUCGCGCUCUGCUUUCUCGUCGUAAGGCAAAUAUUUGAGAGGACGGUAGCCAUUCCUCUCGCCUCCUUGCUGGGGAUCAGAGACAAAGAAAGGGUGUGUGCGGCACCUAACCCAGUUCUGGAAUCAUACUUCUGCAACACAUCAAAGCAUCUGACUCAGAGUUCAGUGGAGGAUUUAUGCAAGCAGACAGGCUGUUCAGUGCGACAGAUCCAGAGAUGGUUCAGGCGGCGGAGGAACCAAGAGCGGCCCAACAAGUUGAAGAAGUUCUGUGAAGCAUGUUGGAGAUUCACAUUUUACCUUCUGGCUUUCUUUGCUGGACUGCUGGCUCUGAUUGAUAAACCAUGGUUCUACGAUCUGAAGCUGAUGUGGGAGAACUUCCCAAAAAUGCCUCUGGACACUUCCCAGUACUGGUAUUACAUGAUGGAACUGGGCUUUUACCUCUCGCUGGUUUUCAGUAUUGCUUCAGACGUCAAACGUAAGGAUUUCAAAGAACAAAUUGUUCACCAUGUGGCCACCAUCAUGCUCAUCAGCUUCUCCUGGCUGGUCAACUAUAUCAGAGGAGGCACUCUGAUCAUGCUGGUACACGAUGCAUCUGAUUAUCUGAUGGAGUCGGCCAAGAUGUUCAACUACGCAGGUUGGAGGAGAACCUGCAACAUCAUCUUCACCGUGUUUGCUGCAGUUUUUAUCGUCACUCGGCUUGUCAUCUUGCCCUUCUGGAUCAUACACACAACGUGGGUCUACCCUCUGACCCUUUACAAGCCUUUCUUUGGCUUCUACUUCUUCAACGGACUUCUGAUUGUGCUGUUGGUUCUGCACGUGUUCUGGGCCGUUCUCAUCCUGCGCAUGGUGGUCAAGUUCCUGCCAGCCAACCAAAUCGUUGAAGAUGAGCGGAGCGACAAAGAGGAAACUGAAUCGGAUGACGAGGAUCAUGUGGAGAGAAAGGACACAUACAAAAACGGCUACAUACAAAACGGGCACACGCCACUCAACAACAACAGAAGAAGGAAGGGAGACUGAUGAGAGGGUCAAACUGGACUGUAAGAAGAAGAAGAAGAAGAAGAAGAAUGGUAUUGUGACUCUGGUCUCACACAGAGUCACAUCCACACUAAUUUCUGAGGCUGGUUACAACUCAUGAUUCCACAUCCCAGUGGGUUGCACUAAAUUUCACAAACCCCUUCGAGUCACUGUGCUCGAAGGUCAUCUCGUGUCCUGCAUAUUUGCUUGUAGCUUCAGUGGUGUUACCAGAGGUGGCACUGCAGUUUGCACAGCCUAUCUGACUAGCAUUGGCAGCACUGCAACUUGACUGCUGAUUUUGAGCUGAGCUGACCAUGAUGUCCAUGAUGACUUGUCACUUCACGUCAGCAUGUUGAUUUCAACGCCCCAUGAAGCCAAAAUAAAUCAGAUUUGAUGUUUUAGAUGUUUGAAGCUGCCACCUCAACAAUGAUUUGUGUUUCCUUCGCUGAAACGCACUGCGCUUUUGUUUGUUGUAAAAGUUUGGACUUUUAUGUUUUAAUCAUUUCUGGUUCUGGAGCAAGGUGUUGCAAAUGAGAGUGAAUGUGCAAGUGAGAGCUUCAAAAAGAGUCCAACAUGUCUCUUCUCAGUGUUGUUUUUCACCCGGAGUCCUCCUAAGAUGCACUUUAUAGUUUUGGUCACCAUCUCUGACUAUGAAAACAAAGUGUUGCCUAUGUGUUUCUCCACUCGGAAAGUUCAGGUCUCGUUCUGUUUUUUUUUUUGUUCGCAGCCUCUUGGCAUUUGUAAAAAAAAAACGCGCCAAAGAAUCACCAAAUUUGUAAAGUGCCUUCAUCAUUUCAUCCGUUGUCAUUGGUUGUCAACAGUGUUGCGACGUCCAAUCGCUCCUCUCAAGAGCUGAAAGUUUUUAUUCUGCUUUUUUGUUGCUGAGUUGUUUCAUGCUGAUGAUUGACUACAACAACAACAAUAAUAAUAAUAAUAAUUGUUGAUAUCUACUGUGUGUUUUUGUUGUUCUUCUCUCCAUAACAAGUGAGAUAUCUCCACACCAGUCGCAGAAGCUUCUGCAGGCUGAC